GCAAGUGUGAGUUCCGCGUGGCGCAGUCUUUUAAUUCAGCAGUACGGUCAAGAAACACUAUCAGCUAAACUUACACAGCUAUAGACUCACUUGUACGUACCCAGUUCCCAUCAUCACUAGCAGUAUAUUCGGCCUCUAGCACGAGAAUACGAAGGGGGGCUAGUGUCAGGCGUACUGGAUGUAAGAGCUUAGCUACGCUGGAGGCGUAUAAAGAAACAACUUGCUUCGAGUAGUUCCAGAUACCCGCUGACUCUUUAUUUCACAGAACACCAUCCUUACAUACAAGAAUUAGGAAGAAGGAAGAGAAAGAGAUAACACACUCAUCAAAAUGGACAGCGCACCGAAUCUCUACGCCGAGCUAAAGACGCAGUUGGCAUCCAGCAAAGCGGAAGUCCUACUACCCAGCGAUGGAGACAAGUACGAAGAAAGUAUCAAGCGGUGGAGCGAGCACUGCGAGAAGCGUGCUUCCUGCGUCGUGAAAAUCACCUCCGCAGCCGACGCCUCCACCACCGUAAACUUCGUUAAGGCGAACAAAAUCCCCUUUGUCGUGCGCGGCGGCGGGCACUCCACCUCCGGCAGUGCCUCCAUUGACGACGGGCUCGUCAUCGAUCUCUCCCUCAUGCGCGGCGUCACCGUCGACGCUGGCAAGAAGACCAUUAAGGCGGAGGGUGGGGCAUUGUGGGUCGAUGUCGAUGAAGAGGCGGCCAAGUACGGGCUUGCGGCUGUGGGGGGGACGGUGAAUCACACAGGUGUUGGAGGGCUCACGUUAGGUGGGGGGUACGGGUAUUUGAGUGGGAAGUAUGGGUUGACUGUUGAUAAUCUGCUGGAGGUGGAAGUCGUUCUGGCGAGCGGGGAGCAGGUUGUGGCGAGUGAGACGUCGAAUACGGAUUUGUUCUGGGCCAUCAGGGGAGCUGGGCAGAACUUCGGCGUCGUCACGGCCUUCACGUUCCAGGGGCAUCCGCAGCCCAACCCCGUCUUCGCAGGCCCGCUCAUUUUCCUGCCCGACAAGCUCCCGCAAGUCGUCGACUUCUUGAAUACCUUCCACACCAGCAAUGACGGCAACCAAGUCAUGCUCCUGGGCUUCACCUGCCCACCCCCCGCCAACGCACCCGUCAUUCUCACCCAACUCUUCCACAACGGCACAUACGAAGAAGGUACCACCUUUUUUCAACCCCUCCUCGACCUGGGCCCCGUGGCCAACUUGACGUCCAUGAUGCCCUACGAGAAGCUCAACGCGUGCAUGAACGAGGGGCAGGGCUUCGGCGGGCGCAAAAUGUUCGGCGGCGGCGCGUACAAGCUGCCCCUGGCGCCGCCCUUUGUGCAAGCUCUGUUUGACGAGUUCAUCGGGUUUAGCACCAGCCAGCCGGAUAUGACCGAGUCGAUUAUGCUGUUUGAGACGAUUCCAUACAAGGAGGUAGUCAAGGUGCCGAACGAGAAGAUGGCGUUUAGUAAUCGCGGGGAAUAUUAUAAUCUUGCGACCAUGAUGAAGUGGGCCGAUCCCGCCCUCGAUGAAAAAGUCCGCGACUUCUCCCGCGCCCUGCUCAAGCGCGCGUCGCAAGCCGCAGGCGUGCAGCAAGACGCGGACGUGCGGUCUGCGGAGGGCGUCGGUGUCUACGGCAACUAUGUGAACCCGGACGUCCCUGCGAGCGAGGUAUAUGGCAGGAAUGCGAAGAAGCUGGUGGAGCUGAAGCAGAAGUAUGAUCCUGAGAAUUUGUUUGAUCGUGGGACGAGGCUCGCGCCGAGGCCAGUGGUCGUUGUGAAUUAGAUCGUUAGUUGAGGAAGAUCAAGGAUGUAGUUUGUUGGAGCCGGGCGAUUGCACUGACAGGAUGUGCUUCUGGAGGUAGUACGUUACCAGCUCUGUUUGGGCAGUAUUGGACGCUUUCGCUUCGCUUGUAUUCACAAGUCGUAGAUCUUUCUACAGCAGGCCUCAAGGGACAAAAUCACCAUUCGCGU